AUGUUUUUCUUGUGCUUUUGGUUACUUGUCGGAUGCGUGACGGCAGUACCACUGGACCUUAAUAGUCAGAUUGAAGUUACCGAGUUUGUCCUACCGGAGGAAGACCAUGAAAUUCCAGACACGGAAUUUAUAGGAGACAAAGACACCCAGGACUGGAGCAUUGGUGAUAAGAGGAAUGCUAUUAACACGAAUACGUAUCAUACAGCACUAUGGACGGGAGGAGUGGUACCCUACGUCAUCAGUAGCAGUUACCCUGCUUCAGUAAGACAGACGUUUGAGACAGCAAUGCGAGAGAUUGAAAACGACACGAAGGUUCACGGAAAGACGUGUGUUCACUUUGUUCCGAGGACAACACAGACGGAUUACGUCCAGGUUGUCCCAGGGACUGGAUGUCACUCUCCAGUUGGACAUCACAGAGGACGUGGUGACGUUUCAUUGGGACAUGGAUGCGAGUCUAAGGGAACAGCAAUGCACGAGUUUCUGCACGUGCUUGGAUUUUUUCACGAACAUGAACGCUAUGAUCGAGAUAAUUACGUAACGGUUCAUUUGGAGAAUGUGGUUCAAAGUAACCAAAAAGAUUAUAGUAAAGAGACUACCAGGCAGAUGAAUACACUGGGUGUUUCAUAUGAUUACGGAUCAAUAAUGCAUUAUGGGGCGUAUGCGUUUGCUGCUGAUAAAUCCAAACCAACCAUGACGCCCAAAUCUCACUCGGCGGUCAUUGGUCAACGACUGGCUCUUAGCAGGAAGGACGUCCAGAAAAUACAACUCCUUUACAAUUGUGGUGUUGAUUUAACCCACGUAGCAGAGCCGGUAGAACCACAUAAAAUUAUAGAAUGUGACUUUGAAACAUCCUGUUCUCACCUUCAUCAAGACAACACAGAUAACAACACAGAUCCACACAUAACUUUAACUGGGUACAAUUAUAGUUACACAGGUAAAUAUUAUUUAGCUCAGGCUAGACACCACCAUAAUAAAGUGGCCCGCCUCAUCACAGAUACACUUCCUUCAGGUGCAAAUUGUAUCGCUUUCUCCUAUUUCAUCUACGGCUCUGGUGUCAAGGAAUUUAACAUGAAAGCGGAAGGUACCGGGAUUGACUACACAUUUAAACGAUUCGUCGGCAGCCAGACCAACCAAUGGACCACACAAUUUAUAACGCUUACAGUCCCUAGGAGUUAUAAGCUGGUGCUUGAGGCCUCGAUCGGAAGUAGUGACCUUGGAGAUAUCGCCAUUGACGACCUUUCUGUCUACUCAGGCGCAUGCGUGCAUCCGUAA